AUUUUUUCUUUCGAUCGCGAACUCUGCAGCUCGACGCAUUGAGAAGAUGUUAAUUAUUGAUUUUUUCAUUUCAUCAAAAAACUCUGCAUUUUUUUGUACACAUUUUUGAUGCUUGUUUUAGUAAUUUCAGCAGCAACAACACUGGAACGCAAACGCGAAAAAAGUUUUUGGCUCGGACCCUUGUCGAAUGAGUGUCCCGCCGAAGUAUUCCUAUCUUCGAUAAUACUCGGCCAGGGAACCUUUUUCAGUGGAGUUCGAAGUUUUUUGUUUCCCUGCGUUCCAUGAAAUUGGGAAACUUUAGCUGCGGCUGUUGCGGACAUGAAUUAUCGACGAGGAUUCCCGAAGGGACCAGGAUCCGAGCAGUCUCACGUACGAUUAUUUCCAAAGGAAUGAACAAAGGCUGGGGCUUGGCGGACAAGUGACUCCGCUGUGCACCGUGGAAGAUUAGGACCGAAAAAUUCGCCGUUGUCGCGAUACGUGGGGAUAAGGAGAAUGCGAAAGUGAAAAACGUCAAUUCUUGUCGAUUCAACACAAAAUAAAUGCGAAGAUCUUCACACAGAACGUGACAAAAACUUGCUGAAUUAAAAUGAGAGCGAGGGCAUCAGAAACCGACAAUCGUCAUGCACUCCGACAACUCGAAUUUCGGCGCCUGCGCUAUCGCUUAUCAUGACAAAUUUCUUCCUUCAUUCGGCUGAGCUCUAGCGACGGUUUCGCAAAAAAACGGUGGAACACAAGAGUAUAAAAGUGAAGAUCUAGUGGAGCAGAGCCUCGUGAUAAAAUCAGUCCGAUCGUCGAAUAAGUCGGAUGAACAUAAUUUACAAUGAGGCCAGUUAGUUCAACGUAUUGUUGGUACUCGAAAGCACUGUCGUGGAUCUUACUGAUUCUAUUCUCUUUAUUUUUGUUUUUUGGAGUGUUGACUACGAUUGUAAAUUCAUCGGAUUCGCAGGGAGAUAAUCCCGAUCGAUCGGCGUUGAGAGACAUUUUUAGAAGCGCCAUGGGCUCUGUACCCAAAGGAGUUGAUAAUCUCAUCGCGGGAUUGAGAGUCGUGGAAAUACCUGAAAAAAGUGCAAACGUUCCUCCGGAUUCUCGGUACGACUUCGUCGUCGUAGGCGCUGGAACAGCUGGAGCGACUAUCGCAUCGAGGUUGAGCGAAAUUAAGGGAGUUUCGGUUCUCCUCAUCGAAGCCGGUGGCGACGAGAAGCCCUACAUGGACGUCCCGGUGCUCGCGAAUUUUUUGCAAUUCAGCAAAGAUCUCAAUUGGCAGUACAAAACCGAGCCGUCGAACGAGUACUGUCUCGGGAUGGAGGCUCAUCGGUGCAAGUGGCCACGGGGUCGUGUCAUCGGGGGCAGCAGCGUUCUCAAUUACAUGAUGGCCGUGCGGGGCAACAAAAGGGACUACGAUCGUUGGUCCCGGCUGGGAAACGACGGAUGGUCCUGGGAGGAAGUUUUGCCGUACUUCCGGAAGCUCGAGGCCAUGGGAAUCGCCGAGUUUCGGAACGACACGAAGCACCACAACGUCGGUGGACCGGUGAGCAUAAAUUACGUGCCCUUCCGGAGUCCGAUAGCGAAGGCCUUCGUCAAAGCUGGGAAAGAGCUCGGCUGGGACGAGGUUGACUACAACGGGGAACGACAAACCGGGUUCUCGUUCAUUCAGUCCACCACGAAAAAAGGUAUGAGAUUCAGCAGCAAUAGAGCUUACCUGCGCCCGAACAAAAAACGAAAGAAUCUUUCGAUAACGAAGCGAAGUCUCGUGAGGAAGAUCAUCAUCGAUGAGGAAUCGAAGCGUGCUCUCGGGGUCGAAUUCUACAAAAAGAAAAAGAUUAUCAGGGUCUGGGCGAAGAAGGAAGUGAUCCUGUGCGCCGGAGCCAUCGGCUCGCCCCAAAUACUUAUGCUUUCCGGUAUCGGACCGAGGGAACACUUGGAAAGCUUUGGCAUCAGAGUCUUAAGGGACUCUCCGGUCGGCGAGAACCUCCAGGAUCACAUCGCCUACGGGGGGCUCGUGUUUUUGCUCGAUCGACCUGCUGGCCUUUCGGUCGCAGAAAUGAUGAAUCCCCUGAGACCUGUCCUCGGGGAGUUCCUUUGGCGCAGAACAGGGCCCCUCACCUCACUGGGUGGUGCUGAGGGAAUCGCUUUCGUCAACGUCGACGAUCCAUCCGAUCCUGGGGAUUAUCCGAACAUGGAAUUACUCUUCGUUAGCAAUUCGGUCGGGACGGUCUCCGUCUUCCGUGACAAUUUGGGCCUCGCUGAAGACUUUUGGGAAAAAACAUUUUUGCAUGUUGCCUCGAAAAACUCUUGGACCGUCUAUCCCAUGCUGCUCAGACCCAAAAGUCGUGGGAAAAUUCUUCUCUCCGGUACCAAUGUGCACAAGCAUCCUAAAAUUAUACCCAAUUACAUGAACGAUCCGGAGGACGUGAGAAUACUCAUUAAGGGGGUCAGGCUCGCACUCAAACUCGGCAAAACAAAUUCGAUGCAAAGAUUCGGCUCCGAAUUGCACGCUACACCGGUCAGUGGCUGCGAAACCUUCGAAUACGAUUCCGACGAUUAUUGGGAAUGCGCUAUUCGAAGAGUGCCCAUGACCAUUUACCAUUACUCGGGCACUUGCAAAAUGGGAGCUCGAAGUGAUACCACUGCCGUUGUCGAUCCCAGGUUACAGGUGAUUGGAAUUGAAGGUCUGAGAGUCGCUGACGCUUCAAUAAUGCCCGAAAUUCCUAGCGGACACACCAAUAUUCCAACGUUCAUGAUCGCUGAAAAGCUGGCUGAUAUGGUCAAACAAGAUUGGGAUUAUUCGACUGACCCUCUGCCCUGAAAUUCGCUUCUUUUUGGAAGCAUGAAGAGAUGGAAGAAAACUGAAAAUCACCAGGCGCCAUAGAAACGAGCCUUUCAGCACGUAUUUCAAAGGAACUCGAAAUUACUAUGACAACUGUCGCGAAUUACAGUGGAGCUUACGGUGCUUGGAAGUUGCCAAAAAUGAUGAAAAAUCGAAGCUGGAUUCGUGACGUUGACAAAUUUGAUGCUGAACGAUGAACUUGUUGAACAACAAUCGACAAAUAACUUGGACAACAUUUUUUUAAAAAUUUCUAAAAUAAUUUCAACUGUUUUCAACAUUAUCCAUUAUUAUUUGAAUUUCUCAAUGCAAAACCCACACACACACGUCGGAUAACAAUGCGGUGACCGAUUUCAAUGUAUUUCAAUGCUCUUUAUACCUUAAUUAGUGAAUAAUUUCAAUGACACGAGUAGUUUUUCUGCAGCUGGUAACACAUUACCCGCAUUAUGAAACAGCUGCUCAUCGAAGCUUGUAACCGAUUAUGGAAUUACGUACGCGGUGUGACACCUUCUGUAUUUGUCGUGAAUAUUGUCCUCGUCGAAUCGACGUCGUUGAAAAUUCAACCUUAUUGAUAAAUAAAUGAUAAGAAUGACUAAUGAGAG